AUUAGAGAAAGAUCAGAAAAAGAAAAGCAGUGUCCAAUCACCAAUGGGUAACAGUCACUCACCUCCGGUGAAUUCUCGCUUCGCCUCGGCAUCCAGAGCUUUUACGCAAAAGGAGAUGGGAGAUCUCAGAGCACUGUUCGUGUCCAUGGCUGCCCAGUCACAGAGCGACGGUCGAUACAUAUCUCCCUCUGUCUUUCAGGUUCGCUUUCAGUCUGACAUAGAAUCUGUUCUAGUUACGAUAUUUGAUGAUAUAUUCAAUGUGAAAAGUUCUGAACCUGGAUCAAGUUCACAAGGGGACAUGGUGGACAUAUUUCUUAAUUCUGCUACCUUCUCAAGGGGUGAUGAAAGAUGCAAUGAUGAAAGUAUGUCUUUCGAAGAUUUCAGAAAGUGGUGUACACUUAUCCCAUCUCUGAGAAAGUUUCUAGGAAGUCUACUGAUUCCACCUGAUUCAGGGCGACCUGGAUCUCAAGUUCCUAAAUUGCUGCAUUUAGAGAGUAUUGAUUCUGGUAUGUUGUUACUGAGAAAGGAGUAUGCUUGGCAUAUAGGAGGAGCUCUUUCCCAGCAAGAGCUAGAGGAAUGGAAACUUUUGUAUCAUAGUACUUUAAAUGGCUUAAGUUUCAAUACAUUCUUGGGCAGCAUAACAAAUGAUAAUGGGCCGACUGUCUUGAUUAUUAAGGAUAAUGAAGGUUAUAUAUAUGGGGGUUAUGCUUCCCAGCCUUGGGAGAGGCAUGGUGAUUUCUAUGGAGAUAUGAAGUCUUUUCUCUUUCAGCUCCAUCCAAAGGUAUCUAUAUUCAGACCAACUGGGGCCAACAACAAUUUACAAUGGUGUGCUGUUAGUUUCAGUUCAGAGGCCAUUCCAAAUGGCAUUGGGUUUGGAGGACGAAUUAAUCACUUUGGCCUGUUCCUCUCAGCAGGCUUUGAUCAGGGACACACUUUCUCUUGCACAACAUUCAACAGCCCUUGCCUUUCAAAGAACAGUAAAAUCUGCCCAGAAGCGAUAGAAUGCUGGGGAGUUGUUAGGAAAGGAACACAGCAAGAAAGACAAGAUGCUCGUAAAGGCACCGUGUUAGAAAGAUUUAAGGAGGACCGGAAUAUGCUCAACAUGGUAGGGAUUGCAAAUGCUAGUGAGUAAAUGUGAUCGUCUUUGGCCUGCACUUUCAGACAGGGCGUCAACAUUCGGAUCAGUGCUUAAGGUUAGAAAUCCUGCUCAACAUCUGUCUAGUUCAAGGAAAUUUGUUUUUAUCUCGAGUUCCUGAUUCCUCAAUCAAACCAAACUUUAUUUUUUAUCAUUAUAGUCCCUAAGACCACAAGUUUAUCAUGUAUAUGCCAAAUCCUCUCUUCCAACUACAAAAAAUUACUGGUGGUUUGAAACAAGAAAUUACGGCAGUGUUUAUGAGGAAUUAUACACUAAUCUACUCAUCUCACAGAAAGACUUUUAUGCCUCUUAUGCUAGAAAUACUAAUUAUAAUGUUUCUGUGUUCCUUGCAAAGAAAUAUCAAAGAAUAUGAAUCAUGUAACUCUUUCGGUGCUCCCUUGUUGCUCAAGUUUCAAUACAUUUGUGGGCAGCAUAAUGUAAGCAGCCUGCCUCUCUCAUGCAACUUUUUAGAUUUAUGAUAUCAUUCAGCUGAUAAAGUAGGCAGUUAGUAGGAUAAUUGUAUAUCAACAUCUUUUCCAUUAUAGGAAUUUUUCUGUUUUUCAAAUACAACUGCAAAUUUAAG